CACCACAUUUCAUGCAUCAGCCCCUCUCUCGUUUUUCAUAUGCUGUCACACUGCAGUACCCUAAAUGUCACACAAGUCAGUUUCUUACCACAGUUUGUGUUAGUGCACUGUCUGGUAGCACAAAACCUUAUCUUCAGACUUAUCUUGUGCUCACAACUUAGGAAACCAGCAACACUGUGAGCGGUCUGCUAGCUUCCUGUCACUCCACUGCAAGCAGUUUACAGUCAAACAAGAUAAAAGCAAUACAGACUUCCUGUUCUCCAGUGUAUAUCCUGAAUUUAAAUUCACCAAUGGAUCUCCCUCUGAUGACAACUACACAACUGCUUUGAAAGUACAAGGAGUUAGGCUACAAAGUCCUGCCUGUAACUGUGACACCAAACCAACGGAACUUUUCUACAACAGGGAAUUUUCUAAGGAGGCAUGUCUGACCAACUAUCAAAAUCCAAAACGACAGUGCUGCUCCUUUUCUUCUGCCUAUUAGGCUUACUUGCAUUGCUGUUUUUCUUGUACAAGAAGUUGAACAGGGAGGCCAAUGGAGAAUAUACCAUUGAGCGCAUAGUGUAUAAAGAAGGAGGGGUCAGGGACUGGGUGAGAGGUACAGCUUUAGCCCUGGAGGCACGCCUUGGAGUCCAGCUGUGGCCUCGAGGUGAUACUGAUGAGGAUGGAGAGGAAAUGCAGGAGGUCCAAGAUGAGGAGCAACAGGUGGAGGUGGGUAGCAGCCAGGGGAGUGACAGUGAGAGAGAUGAGGAUGAGGAUGAGGAGGAGGAGCAGUGUGGUAAGACUAGUAGAAAAAGUAUCACUUCGGAUGAUAACUCAUAUUUGGGGGAUUCAGUGGGAGAGGAACAUGUCAGGUUAAUGGAUGAACCAGAGGCAAAGGCAGAGACGGGGGAGAGAGGGGAGGAGAAAUCCAGAGAUGGGGAUAGUAAAGGUGAAGCAAGUGGAGCACCUGGAUUGUUGAUAGAUCUAAAGCAGAUCUCUGGAAGUGCCAUCUGGUCUGAGGAGGGGGGAAUGGACAGCGAUGUGACUGCACUGUGAGGACAGAAUCAUUUGAAAAAACAUGAAAUACAAGAAAGGCUUAGGAAAUAGUCUUAAGCAGGGCUGUAACCAGGACUUUCAAUAUACUGACAUCAUGUGUCCCCUCCAAUUAGCUGUUCAAAUAGUUCCUGUACUUUUUAUUUCCCCCCACUAAAAGCAGUAUAAAACUACUGCAAUCAGCCUAUAAAACACCCACUGUGUGUACGUUUGUAAUUGCAGAAUGUAAACUCCCAGACAUAUGACCCCAUUGUCCUCAGUGGUAACUCUGACUCUGGUCUUAAUUCUACUUCCCGUUGAGCCAUCAGGAUAAGAAGGUGAUUGGUGAAUGAAGUUGUUAUAAAUAUUCAGGAACACUGGUUUAGAUUUUGAAUGUUUGUGUAUGAGUUUACCUUUUAUAAUGUAAAACUGGCUUGGCUAGUGAAGAAAUCAAAUUGCAUCAGCCUGUUGCACGCUAUAUAUUGUGGCCUGUGGCAUAUAUUUUUUUUUAUAGCUUUAAAUGUUUUUUUUUUCAUUUAUAUAAAAAAUUAAAAAGCAAAAACUUUUAACUGCGUUUAUACUGAUCUUAAUGUCAUGAGUGUAAUUUUUUCAGCAAACUUUUCUACAUAUUAUAGACUGAAUUACUAAUCGAGUAUUCAAUUGGCAGAAUGAGCAAUGAAACAAUGAAAAUGAUCUCUGGUCGUAUUAUUGCAGAUGGGAGUCAAACUUUCCAUCAAGUGACAUUUCAUACAUUAUGUUACAUUGAAUGUGUGGUACAAAUGAGUGGUUGCCUAUAUGAAAAGAUCGAUGUUUUGUUGAAUGUAUAGAAAACUAUAACAUGCUAUGUAUCUUUGCUGUUUAAGGAUAUAAUGAUACCAUGAAAUAAAACUACAGCAAGGUCACUAUAAACUCAAAACCUGUGAUAAACGUGUAAAUAUUUGACUGAGGUUACUUCCUGUUUAAUGAAUGUAUGAUCAGAUGCAGUUCAUGAACAGUUUUGUUGUCAUUGUGAGACGUUGUACAAUGUAACAAAGUAUAAAUAAACAUUACGCUUUUACAUGAA